AUGGUUCAGCAAGUUCCAGAAAAUAUCAAUUUUCCAUCUGAAGAGGAAAAAGUCUUGCAGUUUUGGUCAGAAUAUAAUUGCUUCCAGGAAUGCUUAAAACAGUCAAAGCAUAGACCAAGAUUUACCUUCUAUGACGGGCCUCCUUUUGCUACUGGACUGCCACACUAUGGACAUAUACUUGCAGGGACAAUUAAAGACAUAAUUACAAGAUAUGCUCAUCAGAGCGGAUUUCAUGUUGACAGAAGGUUUGGAUGGGAUUGUCAUGGUCUACCUGUGGAAUAUGAAAUUGAUAAGACACUGGGAAUCAGAGGUCCGGAAGAUGUAGCCAAGAUGGGGAUUGCAGAGUAUAACAGCCAGUGCCGAGCAAUUGUGAUGAGAUAUUCUACUGAGUGGAAGGCUACUGUAACCAGACUUGGUCGGUGGAUUGACUUUGACAAUGACUACAAAACUCUGUAUCCACAAUUCAUGGAAUCUGUCUGGUGGGUUUUCAAACAAUUAUAUGAUAAAGGCCUUGUUUAUAGAGGUGUGAAGGUUAUGCCCUUCUCCACAGCAUGUAACACUCCACUUUCCAACUUUGAAUCCCAUCAGAAUUACAAGGAUGUUCAAGAUCCAUCAGUAUUUGUAACUUUCCCGUUGGAAGAAGAUGAAAAUAUAUCUUUAGUUGCUUGGACAACCACUCCGUGGACUUUACCCAGUAACCUAGCCCUGUGUGUUAACCCAGAUAUGCAGUAUGUGAAGAUUAAAGAUAAUGUCAGCGGAAAAUUGCUCAUUUUAAUGGAAGCCAGAUUAUCAGCUCUCUUUAAAGUAGAGAAUGAGUAUGAGAUUCUUGAAAGAUUUCCUGGUGCCUAUCUUAAAGGAAAGAAAUAUAAGCCACUUUUUGAUUACUUUGUAAAGUGUAAAGAGAAUGGUGCCUUUACAGUGCUUGUGGACAACUACGUGACGGAGGAGGAAGGCACUGGCGUUGUGCACCAGGCUCCUUACUUCGGUGCCGAUGACUAUAGGGUCUGUAUGGACUUCAACAUUAUUCAGAAAGACUCACUUCCUAUUUGCCCUGUUGAUGCCUCAGGGUGUUUCACAGCAGAAGUGACAGAUUUUGUGGGACAAUAUAUAAAGGAUGCUGAUAGAAAUAUCAUCAGGACCCUGAAGGAGCAUGGCCGCCUUCUUGUUGCCAGCACCUUCACUCACAGCUACCCUUUCUGCUGGAGGUCAGACACUCCUCUGAUUUAUAAGGCCGUGCCCAGCUGGUUUGUGCGUGUGGAGCCGAUGGUGGACAGACUGCUGAGCAAUAAUGACUUGUGUUACUGGGUUCCAGAGUUUGUGAGAGAGAAGCGAUUUGGAAAUUGGUUGAAAGAUGCACGUGAUUGGGCAAUUUCCAGAAAUAGAUACUGGGGCACCCCAAUUCCCUUGUGGGUCAGUGAUGACUUCCAAGAGGUGGUAUGCAUUGGAUCAGUGGCAGAACUUGAAGAACUAUCAGGAGAGAAGAUCUUGGAUCUCCACAGAGAGAGCAUUGACCAUCUGACUAUUCCUUCACGCUGUGGGAAGGGACCGUUGCAUCGGAUCUCUGAAGUGUUUGAUUGUUGGUUUGAGAGUGGCAGCAUGCCUUAUGCACAAGUCCAUUAUCCAUUUGAAAAUAAGAAGGAGUUUGAAGAUACUUUUCCUGCAGACUUCAUUGCUGAAGGCAUUGAUCAAACCAGAGGAUGGUUUUAUACUCUGCUAGUAUUGGCGACAGCUCUCUUUGGACAACCAGCUUUCAAGAAUGUUAUUGCAAAUGGACUGGUUCUAGCAAGUGAUGGCCAAAAAAUGAGUAAACGCAAAAAGAAUUAUCCAGAUCCAGUUUCAGUCAUCCAUAAAUACGGUGCUGAUGCCCUCAGAUUGUACCUGAUUAACUCUCCUGUGGUGAGAGCAGAAAACCUCCGCUUUAAGGAGGAUGGUGUUCGUGACGUGCUGAAGGAUGUGCUGCUCCCUUGGUACAACGCUUACCGUUUCUUCAUCCAGAAUGUCCUUCGACUCCAGAAGGAAGAAGAGCGUGAAUUCCUCUAUAAUGAGAACACAAGCAGCAGCAGCCCCAAUGCCACAGACCGCUGGGUCCUGUCCUGCAUGCAGUCGCUCAUUGCGUUCUUCCACGCAGAAAUGACAGCUUAUAGGCUUUAUACUGUGGUGCCUCGUUUAGUCAAGUUUGUCGAUAUGUUGACCAACUGGUAUGUCAGAAUGAACCGCAGAAGGUUAAAGGGUGAAAAUGGAAUGGAGGAUUGCAUUAUGGCCUUGGAAACCUUGUUUAGCGUCCUGCUUUCUUUGUGCAGACUUAUGGCCCCCUAUACUCCAUUUCUCACAGAAUUAAUGUACCAGAAUCUAAAGAUGCUGAUCGAUCCUGUUUCUGUCCAUGACAAGGACACACUCAGUAUUCAUUACCUCAUGCUGCCUCAUGUUCGAGAGGAAUUGAUAGACAAGAAAACUGAAAGUGCAGUAUCCAGAAUGCAGUCUGUGAUUGAGCUUGGACGAGUUAUCCGAGACCGCAAAACUAUUCCAAUAAAGUAUCCUUUGAAAGAAAUUGUUGUUAUCCAUCAAGACCCAGAAGCUCUUAAGGAAAUCAAGUCUUUGGAAAAGUAUAUCAUUGAGGAAUUGAAUGUUAGGAAAGUUACAUUGUCUGCAGAUAAAGAUAAGUAUGGCAUUCGGCUAAGGGCUGAACCUGAUCACAUGAUCCUUGGGAGACGACUGAAAGGAGCCUUUAAGGCGGUAAUGACUUCCAUUAAGCAGUUGAGUGAUGAGGAACUGCAAUGUUUCCAAAAGAGUGGGACCAUUGUUGUGGAAGGCCAUGAGUUGCACAAAGACGAUAUCCGCCUCAUGUACACAGUGGAUCAAGUCACACAGGGAACUGUACACUUUGAAGCACACUCAGACACACAGGCAUUAGUUCUCUUAGAUGUCACUCCUGACCAGUCAAUGGUUGAUGAAGGUAUGGCUCGAGAGGUCAUCAAUCGCAUCCAGAAACUCCGCAAGAAGUGUAGUCUGGUUCCAGCUGAUGAAGUAACGGUGUAUUAUAAAGUCAAGUCAGAAGGACAAUAUCUGAAUAAUGUUAUUGAAACCCACACAGAUUUUAUAUUUGCCACCAUAAAGGCUCCUUUGAGACCAUACCCAGUUCCCACAUCAGAGAAAAUCCUUAUUCAAGAAAACACACAGUUAAAGGGGUCUGACCUGGAAAUUACACUCACUGUAGGAUCAUAUUUGCCUGGUCCUGCUUGUGCAUAUGUCAAUCUUAACAUUUCUGCAAAUGGCAAUGAGCAAGGUGGCGUUUUACUUCUAGAAAAUCCAAAAGGCGAUAAUAGGUUGGAUCUUUUAAAACUGAAGAGUGCUGUUAUGAGCGUUUUUGGCGUUAAAAAUACAGAGCUGGUUGUCUUCCAUGGUGUAACAGAAAUAAAAAACCAAACCGACCUUCUGAGUUUUAGUGGAAAAACACUUAGUGUGACCACAGGUUCAGUUCCCUCUCUAAUGCGGGAUCUUGGAGCUCUCCCCUGUCAGUAUGUCAACCUGGAGCUCAUGAACACAGAACCACAAGAAUGUUUAAUGGGAACAGUGGGGACUCUCCUGCUUGAAAACCCUGUUGGGCAGAAUGGACUCACCUACCAAGGCCUUCUUUGUGAAGCAGCCAAGAUAUUUGGCCUUCGGAGCAGGAAGCUAAAGCUGUUUCUGAAUGAGACUCAGAUAAAUGAAAUUACGGAGGAAAUACCCAUGAAGACUUUGAAUAUGAAGACUGUAUAUGUUUCUGUAAUCCCAACAAUGGCAGAAAUCUGA